UCAUGCAGGGAUGGCUUACAGCACAGAAGAAAUUCUUGGCAGGAUGGAGUAAUUGGAACAACCUGUCCAAUCCCACCAGGGAAAAACUUCACAUACAUACUCCAAGCCAAGGACCAAAUUGGCAGUUACUUCUAUUUCCCAUCCCUUGGAUUCCACAAGGCUGCUGGUGCAUUUGGUGGCAUUAGAAUAUGGAGUCGUCCUCGAAUUCCCGUACCUUUCCCUCCUCCCGCCGGAGAUUUCACUGUUCUAGCCGGUGACUGGUACAAGACAAAUCACUAUAUACUGAGACACGUCUUGGACAGUGGCCGCAACCUUCCCUCCCCUGAUGGCCUUCUCAUUAAUGGUCGUGGGUGGAAUGGAUAUACAUUUACAGUUGAUCCAGGCAAGACAUAUAGAUUCAGAAUAUCAAAUGUGGGAAUUGCAACUUCCAUUAACUUCAGAAUCGAGGGACAUACCAUGAAACUGGUAGAGGUAGAAGGUUCUCAUACAUUGCAGAACAUCUACACUUCCCUUGACAUUCAUUUGGGACAGUCAUUGUCUGUCUUGGUCACAGCUGAUCAGGCACCAAAAGACUAUUACAUUGUAGUCUCUUCACGAUUCACUCCACGAGUCCUCACCACGACAGCCAUCCUUCACUACAGCAACUCAAAAAUAGGAGUUUCAGGUCCUGUUCCUGGAGGCCCAACUACUCAGAUUGCCUGGUCUGUUCACCAGGCUAGAACUAUUCGUUGGAAUCUAACAGCAAGUGGACCUAGGCCUAAUCCCCAAGGCUCUUACCACUAUGGAUUGAUCAAGACUGGCCGAACAAUCAUUCUUGCAAACUCUGCACCUUUUAUCAAUGGCAAGCAGAGGUAUGCUGUCAAUAGUGUCUCAUUUGUUCCUCCAGACACUCCAUUAAAACUGGCAGACUACUAUGGCAUUCCCGGAGUUUUCAACCUUGGAAGUAUCCCUACCAGUCCCACCUGGGGAAAUGGCUAUCUCCAGACUUCUGUCAUGUCUGCGAAUUUCCAUGAAUAUGUUGAGAUUGUGUUCCAAAACUGGGAAAACACAGUUCAGUCAUGGCAUAUUGAUGGUUAUUCUUUCUUUGUUGUUGGGUAA